CGGGCAGUCGCCUGCACUCCGCGCGCGGCGGGCCCCAGCGCGCCACCGCACUCCUGUACAUAACAACUAAGUACAUAAUAAAGAUCAGCUCAAGAUUUAAAAAAAAAUAAUGAUAUUUGCUAUAUUUCAUCUUGAUAUUACAGACAGGAUUUUGAAAAUAAUUGACCAGUUUGACAUUUAAAACAAUUUAUUAGCCGAUAGACACCUGUUUGUCGGACAAAAUACAAGUUUCUGAAUGCGAUGAGGCGAAUUAAUGUGUUAAAUGUUAUCGUGUGUGCGCGUGCCGCUUUCGUGGAGUGAAUCUAUCAGUUGGGCGUGCGGUGGUGCGCCGAGCGCGCGUCGGUCCAGCGGACAUGAGUGCGUGCCGCGCACAGGUGCCCGACGAGCUAGCCGCGCCAGCGCCGCCCGCAGCCAUCGCCGCUGACUCCCCAGGGUUCCCCGAGGAAACCCCCGACGGCAUCCGACUCCGCAACUACCGGUUCAUAAACGAACACAUCCGCGAGUUCAUCCCCACCGAUCUAACCAGUGUUCACACUUCAGUGGUCAAAGGAAAGUUAGUGUCGAAAUUAGACGUGCUGGCGGUUUCGCCGCCGCGCGCGAAGAUACUCGAACUGUUGCGGCCCGAGGACCCGGGGAAGGACGCCCUGGAGGCGAUCGUGAGGCCGACGGUGAGGCGGGGCCUCGUCCGACCCUUCGACGAGGACACGAGGAGAUUCCUCCAACGAGCCCUGUUCACCAAUGGUUUCAAUACCCCCGAACGAAACUCCAGGCUGUCUAACGAUGACAGCGAAGAGGAAUCUGAGCACAAACAAAACUCUGUUCGCACGAACUCCUCUAAAGAGGAGAGAUCUCUGGCUGACGAGUUGAGAGAAGCGGAGGAGGACGAACGUUCGGGAGCUAAUCUGCGGAGGGAGUUGCUGAGGGAAUUUCGAAAGAGAGGUGGAGGGAUUCGAGAAGCUAUGGAGAGAGACAGGUUGGGGAAACUCGCUCUCUCGGUGGAAGACGACGAGGACUUUGAGGACUGUGGGCUGUCUUCAGCGGCGCGGAGACUGGACGCGCUGCUGGAGGAGUCGCGGAGCCUCCACGAGGAGCUGGCCGGCAUCAGCGAGGACAUCCAGGCGCAGAGCGCGCGCGCGGGUCGCUGCGCGGCGGCGGCGCGCGCGCUGGCGGCCGAGUCGCAGGCGCUGCGCUACCUGGACGACGUGGUGGCGCUGCUGCGAGGAGACGUGCGCGCCGCGCAGCGCACCCGCCACUGGCCCUUCGCCUUUGGCCGCCGCCAGCCCGGGAAGAACUACGUCGUGUGAGCCAGAGAGCUGAUAAGGAGGUCCGUGACCCUGCAGGGCAGUGCCGCGUCAUCUCACAUUACACAUUGAGCUGAUAACAAAGCUCAGAAUUGCUCGGAAAGUCAAUCUGCACGCUUGGAGUUUCUAUGUGGUUUAAGGAAUGUAAGGAGAUUUGUAGAAAACCCAAAUUACAAAGCUAAUGCAGCAUUGGAACGAACAAUUUUCUUGGCAGACAACCCGUUUAAGAAACUCAAAGUAUUUUCCGUCUCGAUGAUAAAUGGAUGAGCUGGCAGUGACCACUUCUGGAGACUAGCCCUUUUUUUAUAUGCCACUUGCAUCUCUUGUUUCUCGAAGUCAUCUGGCCAGUAUGAAUUGGCGUCCUGUAAAUCCUAUGAAUACAUUAGCUGAGUGUAUUUCAUAAACGCAAGCUAUACAGGACUGAGGUGUGAAGAAAUUCCACUACUAGCCAAGCAAUGGACUCCCGCUGCCUUUCAUGAUGAACAUAAACCACUCCAUAGAAUAUACAUAGAUUUAAUUUACCAAGCGUUAUUUUUAGAAGGUAUGUGUUGCAAGUCCAUACCAUUCUUACUAUUUGUAAAAUAAUAAUACUUACAUCGUAAUUUAAUCAAUCUUCGUAAAAAUAUAACCAAAGUUGAUCACGUAAUUUUGUCAAAUUUAUUUUUUUGAUUAUAAUAAUGUUUUAAAUUAAAAUAAAGCAGUCAAAACCUUAAUUUAAAUGACAACCUUGGAAUUUGUAAAUUACGAUACCUACCUAAUCGUAAUUAAAAGUUUUUUGUAAAUGUAGAAAAACGACUAAUUCACAUCCUGAGCACAUUCCUACAAUGAUUUUGCAUUAAAAAUCAAUAUAAUUUGAUUAAAUUAUUUUUAUGCUCUUUAAGGUUUCCCACUACACAACGCCUGCGACUUUGUUCGUGUAAUCUCACGAUAUUACUACUAUUACUAUAUUGUAACUAAAUAUUAUAUCCGAUCUCUAUGAAACGAAGCCUUAAAUAUUGUGUACCAAGCUAAGAAAAACAGACAGUCAAACACGGAGAAAAAUCUUUAAAAUUAUUGUGUGUUGUUAUACUAAAUAAAUUUUUGGUUUUAAGAUAUAGGAAUCAGUAAUUAGGUAAGAUAUAAACUCUAGCUCUCUACUGUUUUACUAUAUGUUUCGUACAUUUCGCAUACAUAGCUUGUUUUCCAAGUUUAUACACCAUAACAGUUUUUUUUCGAUUACCUAGCUUUCAGUGUAUUAUUAUAUUACAUAUACUAUGUACGAAUAUAUAUACGUUAUGUAAUAGAUAAGUACAAUAGGUGAUUGGAUAAAUAAUCAAGCCGAUUCUUUGUUUACCCAGCUGAACCCUCUGAUUGAACUACCUAGAUCAUUCAAACAAGGCUUAGGAGGUAGGCUAGGUUCGAAUCCUGGACAGACAACCACAUUGGAACAGCGUGGUGCUCCAUAUCCUCUCUCCUUUAAGGAGGAAAGUCUGGCCCUGCAGUAUGCCGUCAAAAUACACUUAUAUUCAUUGAGCAAAACAAAAACCAUACUAGUAUUUCAUAGCAAUUUUUUUAUGAAAAGCCUAAUUUAAAAGAAAAAAAUAUUAUACUUGUCAAACGAGAUCGGUGGCUUUCAUUAUCGGAAAGUGACCGAAUUAGCGAAUAGCAUCUUGCAUGUUAUAACUGUAGCUCUAAGAAACUGUCGAUAUCUAGUCUAUUACGUUUUUGUCUACUCGUAGGGACUUUAAGACUGAAAUCUUAAUGGUUAGUGAUUUGUAGGUCUCUUUAAUUAAGUUAAGAUUAAGUAGAGUUAAGAUUUGUGUAACUAAUUAAGUAGAACAAUGUUCGGAAUUCAGAUUAAAGUCAGACAUAAAUUUUACAGAUUAUUAUUACAUUUUUUAUAAUAGGCAAAGAGCUUAACUGCACUUUUAGAGAUUGCCAGAAGUUCGUAAUGUUCAUUAAAUUUUUAACUAUACGUUUAUAAAAAUCCAAUUUUAGUUUUUAUUUUUCAAAUAUAAUUACUCAGUACUAAUCAAGAUUAUGAAUUUUGUAGCUGCAUAAUCAAUGCAAUAGUUUUAUUAACGAAAAUUAUUAUGUUUAUUGUAAUCUGCAGCCACUUAAAAAAUUCCAUGUCAAUCAGAUUUCAACGAUUUGAUUUCAAUGAUUUCAAAACAAUAUUUGAAGGGGGCGAUACGUUAAAAAUAGCGUACCUAUCUCCAUUCUUAUUAUAAAAAGUUAAUAAAAUUAUUAUUAAGUUUAUAACAAAUACAGCCUACCAAUAUAAUAUGCCCUUUAAGAUUUGAUAUUGAUAAUAAUAUGUAAAAACAUUUGAUUUUACAGUAGGCCGAGGUAGAGUGUAUUAUUAUACUUAACUAUUAAAAAAGAAGAAAUAUCUCUAUAAUCUACAUAAUAAAAUAUGCUAAUAUAAACUGUAAA